AUGCCCAUCCGCUCAUUAGUCAUGCUCAGACAGACAAUAUCUGCCCACAGACGGGCACGGCGGGGAACCGGCCGAGUGUUACCGGCCCGAACUAGGCCUGUCCGUCUGCAGGCCACUCGCGCCACAUCUAUCCGUCCUCGCUGCCCUCCUGGCGUGAACAUAGGUAAACUAACCUAUGGCCCCCCCGGUUACCUAACCUAA